AUGAGCAGCAGAACGGGCGAGCAGGGGCAUUUGACGAAGACAAUCAUAGUGACAGGGUUUUGUGAUGAGGCUCAGCAUGAAGAGGUGCGAGGCCGACUCGAGGAGAUGUUUGAUGUGAAGGAAUGCUAUACGAUCCAGAACGAUUACCGAGUGCUUUGCAUACUGUUUUAUGAUGAGAGGAAGGCCAGAGAGGCGUUUGAGCAUGUGAAGGAGCACGAGGGGCUGUCUGCAAGCCAUAUAAUAAGCAAAUAUGAGAUUCCAAGGGAAAUAGACAAAUGUGAUGAGUCUAAGAAUCAGAGCACACUGGUGUUUACGUUUAAGAAUUCGAAUGCAUCUGUGGAUGACAAGGAAUUUUCUGAACAGGUCGAGAAGUUUGGCGAGGUGAAGGAGAUCCGAUAUGUCAAGAGCCACCAGCGAUGUGUUGAGUUCUAUGACUCGAGGAGUGCGAGUGCAGCGUUCCAUGGAAUGAAUGAGCUGAGCUUUAUGGAUGGAGUUAUACAAGCAAAGUGGGUGUGGGAUCUUUCGACAAAGACAAGAUGGGAGCUGAUCAGGCUGACAGAUAGUAUUUUGAAGGAAUGCAAGUUAGAGAUGAAAGCACCACCAAAAAGAGAAGUCGAGGAGAUUCGGGACGAUGUAAAGAAGAGAAGGAUGCCCGAUGGCGGCCGCCAAAGAAACAUUUUCCUGCAGAGAUUCGAUAUGUUUCUGCUUUCCCACAUUGAUGAGAUUAAUGAAGAAUACAUUAAUAAUUAA